AAACAGACAUGAGUUUAUGGACCACCCCUAUCAGAUCGAUAAUUAGCCUCGUAAGCAACCAAGGUCGAUUGCUUUUCGGUUUGGAUUGGCUGGCGGUACAUUCCUUCGUCGAUGAUCAUGAUUAUUUUGGUCAUCGACUACAAUAAUAUAUGAUCAAUCUAUUGAGUAUGUGUGUGUGUGUGUCUGUGUGUGUUUAGGCUGUGAGCUCAGUGGUCACUUUGUCAGACAGAGAGAUGAUAAUUGGAUGAGCUAUGCGGUCUGAUCGACGACGACCUGUUUCGAGCGUACCUGCUUGAUUUAUUCAUUCGUCAGUUCAAUUGGUUCAGGUAAACUUUCGCUUUUAACCAUCAGCAGUCAUCAUAGACAGCAAAUACCAUUGCUAUUGAGAUUGGUUGUGUGAAUAAGAAAUUAGUUUAGCCAUGACGACGAUGGUAGUUGAGAAAACAUCAUUUUCAUUUUCAUUGACAUUGAUAAUUAUCGCUUACCUAUUGUGCAAUACAGCAUUCAUAUCUAAUAAUGAAAGCAACAGUCAAACAUUACUUAUCGGUAAUCGAAUUGGCUGUAAUCAGGAAGGUCAAAUCGUUGAGAUACCUUUCAUUCGGAUGACGGAUCCCUGUAUUGUAUGCAUGUGUCGUAAUUCGGUGAUCGAAUGCUACCGUUAUGAUCGCAAUAGCACUGCUUGUACAACGUCAUUGUUGCCUUUAGCGGAUAAUGACAAUGAAUGUUAUCACUAUGGUCACCACCCCAUGCAACUGAAUCAACCAUCAAACUGGACAGAGUCCGUAUGUUGCACCCGAAAAGUUUGUCUAACUUGCAGAAUCGGCGACCGAACUAUUGCGAAUGGACAAAUUUUUCAGGAUCAUCAUAUAUGUCAAUCAUACCAAUGUCAUAAUGGUACGAUAAUUUCAUCACGAAUUAAAUGUCAUGUUCCAUGUGAUCGUCCUAUACGAUUUCUUGGACAAUGUUGUCCAUCAUGCAAUGUUUGUCCACGUAAUAUACCCGAUGGCCAUGAAGUUGAUCCACUACCCUCAUCAGUACAGGGUAAUCAGAAAGAAUCUUGUAUACGAUGUUAUUGCUUCAAGGGACAGAUGAUUUGUCACCACCAUGUUUGUCCAGUGUUGCAUUGUCCACGUUCUGAAUGGAUCAGAAAAUCGAAACCUGAUUCUUGUUGUCCAAUUUGCCGACCACCCAAAAUCGCGCAAGUUAUACGAUCGGUCAAUAGUUCCUGUGUUAUGGGUGAAAGACGAUUUGAACAUUUACAAGCAUUUACCUAUGAUUCAUGCACUGAUUGUGUAUGCAAGAAUGGAACCAAUAUUUGUCAUCAAAGAUCAUGUUUGACUGGCAAUGAUACAACAACCACCAUGAUGGAAGAAAAAAUCAUAAAAGACAACGCAAACAAAUCCAUACAAUGCACGGAUACAAUGAAUAAAAAAGUGCCAUGCACUACACGAUCGGUCGUAAAUCUGGUGUGCCCCCAUGGACAUCAUCAAGUCAAACAAAACGGUGAACAGACAUGUGUUCCUAAUGAUGAUGAUGAUGGUCAUUGUAUUAUAAACGAUUCAUGGAACAACGUGACUACUUUUGAUGGUUACAAUUACAGAUUUAAUAACCAUGAUGAUGACAUAAAAAUAGGAAAUGGUCGUCUCUGCAAUCGUGUACUAGCCAAGGAUUGUCAUGAAAAUCGUCGUUUUUCAUUGCAUCUUAUGCAUAGAUAUUCUGAACGACGCAAUGAAUCGGUUAAGUAUCGUGGAGCCUCGCUACUGCUACGUGUAGGAGAAACUCGAAUUCUAUUGAGCCAUCAUGAAACAGUAUGUCGGAUUCGUGUGAACCACAAACCGGCUCAACUUCCUUACAUUCAUAUGGGUCAAUUCUCGAUUGUAAAAAAUAAAGAAAAGAACCAUAUUCUUCUACAUGCUCUAAUCGGUAUCAAUAUAUAUUGGCAACCUAAUCGGUCAGUUGAAAUUCACUUGAAGAGCCGUUUUCGAGGACAUAUUUGUGGUUUAUGUGGUGAUUUCAAUGGUGAUCCAUCAAAUGAUGAACAUCAACCAAAAGAUAUCACUAAAGGCUGUCAAAAGAAAUGGGCGAAAUCGUUAAAAAAUCAUCAACAAGGGGAAUCUUUCUUAAAACAAAGUUGUCAGCCACAACUAAGGGAUUCUGUUCGUCGGUUUUGUGAUCGAAUCAUGCGAAGGAAUAAACAGCAGUUGCAAUGUCGACCGAAAGAGUUGAGGAAAGCGUACGAGCAGUGUUUGCGACAGGUGUGCCAUUGUUACGGUGAUCAUGGAGAUGACCGUCAAUGUCUUUGCUAUGCCAUGCAACAUUUUUUGGAUUAUUGCCACAUGACUUCGAUUGGUAUUGACCGAAUUUCUGAAUCAUCUGAGCUGCGAAUUCCCAUGUGCAAAUCCCUAAAAUGCCCAACAGGUUCGGAAUUUAAUUUUUGUGGCAAUGAAUGUGGACGAAAAACUUGUCCACAUCAAUUCAAACAAAAUGAAAUGAGCUCAUUAAAGUGCAACAAAUGCAUACCAAGGUGUGAAUGCAUCGGUAAUCGGCGAUGGCAUAAUGGUCUAUGCAUACCGGAAGUGAUGUGUCCGAUUUAUACCUAUUUGUAAAGCCUACAUCUACCUAGUCAGUCAGAAAUUGUAUUAAAAUUCCAUUUGUUUCAUCAUAAUGGCAGCAAUCGAAAGAUAAAUUAAAUUCAUCAUUCAAUUUA